GGACGAGUCCAUCUGAGUGUGGAAAGAGGGGGGGAAACGACACGGGUUGUGCCACACGGCGCACGGGCAGGGCCCCAAAACCCGUGACCACGGCCUCACGCCGUCACACCGGGGUGAAACGGCGGCAGAAAAAAAAUUCUGGUCGUUCUUUUCUCCUGAGGGGCCGCGGGUACCGGGAGCGCAUUCGGUGCGUCCCCCCCCCUCCCGGAGGGAUGUGGAGCGGCGGCGGGCGCGGGGCUUUGCGCGGGCCGCCAGGGGGCGCCGCGAGUUGCGUGAGGGGCUUUGAGGGGCCGUGAGGGGUCUGGGGGUCGUGAGGGGCUUUGAGGGGCCUGGAGGGGCUUUGAUGGCCCGUGAGGAGCUGUGAGGUGUCCAGAAGGGGUUUGAAAGCUCACAGGGGCUUUGAGGGGUCGUAAGGGGCUUUGAGUGAUCCUGAGGGGGGUCUCGGGGGCCGCCGCGAUGGUGGAGAAGGACGAGUCCAGCCCUGGAGGCAUCAGCGAGGAGGAGGCGGCUCAGUACGACCGGCAGAUCCGGCUCUGGGGGCUCGAGGCCCAGAAACGGUUACGGGCGUCGCGGGUGCUGCUGGUGGGGCUGCGUGGGCUGGGGGCCGAGGUGGCCAAAAAUCUCAUCCUGGCCGGGGUCAGGGGCCUCACCCUGCUGGACCACCAACAGGUGAGGGGGGCAUGCACCUGGGGACACACCUGGAUUGUGGGAAUACCCCAAAAU